UUUUAUUCUCCUGGAAAUUCCAAUCAAAUUUUUCGAAAAUGAUCAAAGAAUCAUUUGCCUAUAAGCAAUGCCAGUGCGCCUCUCAAGCGCACGAAGCCUGAAUAACAAGUGGAUCGACUGUCCGCGGCUCCAUCCUCCUCAGAAAACUCAUCACCAUACGCACUCCCAGUCGCAGCCAAAGCUCCUGCGCAAACGUCACUCACCUCACCCGCUACCAGUCUUCUUUUUUCUGCUCCUGCUUAUUAUCGAACCGGCUGCGGUUGUCUGCAAGGAAGAGAACUGCUCCUUUAUCGAGGGAUAUAUCCUGCACUACGUCUGCCACAGCUGCUACGUUGAAGAGAUCCGGGUUCAGCACAAGGACCGCAUCCCGGCCAUUGGGACGCCGUAUGCAAUUUGGAGGCGGUCCGACAUCAGAGAUCCAUCCUACUUGCUAAUUUCCUUUUACGAUUCGCCGCUCUUCAGCUGCUACACAGUGACCAUGAGCGAUGGCAAAUUCUACUGCGACGGCCGAAACUACAUCGAGCCGGACACGGAGGCCGCCCAGCUGCACUGCAUCAACUUUCCGUUUCACUAUACCACACAUCUGUAUGAUUCGUGUGCCAAGAAGCCGAGCUCUAAGGGAUCGCCGCCCAUCUCAGUGGCCAUCGCCUACAUGAAGGAUAACAUUAAGACGACGGAUGAUGCAGAGCCUCGCGUGAAAUGCCUUGCCGUUGUCACCUUUCUUUUUCCCAUAAUCCCAUUUCUGCUAUCGAGAUAUUUUGGUAUUUUACUAUGUCAAUAAAAUGGUUCCGAAAAGUUAUAUUGUCGAUUGAUGCUGGCCAGUGUUGACCAACCUCAAGGCUCUAA